GAAUCUUUUUGUAUUAUUAGUCACUGAUUUUUGUAUGACAUCCGCGUGACUUAAGUGAUCAAGUUACUAAAUAGCUGUUUUGAAGCAGAAAGACUGUAUAAAUUGUUCUUGUGUUACGUAGAAGAACUCGACCGAAGUAAUUAUGGACAAAGAAUUUUUUAAUAUAAUUCAAUGGUUGACAUUUACUUGUGGACUUUAUUCAAUGGAUUGAUCAACAUCGCAGUCGAUCUGGUGUCAUCAUAGAAGUUCUACUUUUUGUUUGUAGUGCAAAGUAAUUAAGAUUUUUCGAAACAUUCUUAUAACCUCAAAUCUGUAGAAAGAAAUGCAAACGAUAUGCGACGCGUAAACGGUGUGCAUAUCGUUGCACACUGGUAGUAUCUACAUACGUAAUUACGCGUGUGGGUGCAUGUGUAUACAUGUAUAUACGUUUUACGAACCGAUUAAACGUCCGUUGUAUGUCAUACACUACGUCUUUUUCUGGAUGAAAGAAGAAAAAAAAGUACUAGUUAACAUUCACCUUUUCAUAAUGGAUACAUUAGUAUCUAUGGGCUAAAUAAAACAUACAAUGAAGCACUCAAAAAAACUUUUAAUAGAAUAAUAAAAUUGACAAGACAGUGGAUACUUUUGACUCCUUUAAAAAUGAGACAGUGUUGUUUAAGCCACCAACUUCAGUUGUGGCUUAUGUUUCUCAUCUUUUGUGUUACAUACAAUAGAGCAGAUAUUUUGGUAUUUUCUGCAGCUGCAAGACAUCAAAUUGAGGAAGAAUUUAGAGACAUGCCUGCCAGAUUUGGAGGUUUGAUACCAUCUGAAGGGAUUAAGGGUAUGGUUGUAUAUGCAGACCCACCUUCAGCAUGCCGUGAAAUACAAGGUCCUCCCAACAUUACUAAUUACAAUGGUUAUUGGAUAGCACUAAUCGCUCGGUAUAACUGUAGCUUUGAGAUAAAAGUUAGAAUGGCACAGAAAGCAGGGUAUGAUGCUGCAAUUAUACACAAUGUGAACAGUAAUGAAUUAGAACCAAUGUCAGCAGAAGAUCCUGUAGGGAUAUUCAUACCGUCUGUAUUUGUCAGUGAAAUCACAGGAUUGAUUAUUAAAGAAAAUUAUUUAUACGAUCAGUUGUAUUUUGUAUUAAUUAAUGAUGAUGCUACAUUUAAUAUUACACAUUUACUCUUGCCUUUUGCUAUCGUUGUUGGGAUCUGUUUUCUAGUCAUGGUUAUUUUUAUGAUCGUUAGAUGUAUUAAAGAUAGAAGAAGGCAACGAAGGCAUAGAUUACCAAAUUCAAGUUUGAAGAAAAUUCCAACGCACAAAUAUACAAAGGGUGAUCCGUAUGAAACGUGUGCUAUUUGUUUGGACGAUUAUGUUGAAGGCGAAAAAUUAAGAGUUUUACCAUGUGCACAUGCGUAUCAUACAAAGUGUAUCGAUCCUUGGUUGACCAAAAGUCGUAGAGUUUGUCCCGUUUGUAAACGAAAGGUUUUUGCAGCGGACGAACAAGUUGUUACUGACGAAAGUGAUUCAGACGCCGACGAUACAACGCCUUUAAUUCGUGACGGUCAUCAAGGUACUCAGGGUGGAACAUUUUCGCGACAGAGUGAAAAUCCUUUUAAUCGUGCUAGAAGAUCACAAAUAAGGCAGGAUUUGAGCUACUUGAGUAGCAGUUCUGACUCUGAAGAGUCCUUUGCUUCAUUUGAAGAUAGAGCAAGUACGAAUGCUGGUGAGCCAUCCAGUGGGACUGUUUUUAGAGCAUAUGACAUUCAUAGCAUUAAUGGUGAGUUCCCGGAGCUUGAAUGUUCUGUGAGCAGUACUGAACCGCAUACAGUGAAUUUAUGUGCAGACGCUUAAGAGUUUCCGGCUCCUGUUGUUCAAAUUACAAAUCGCAGUACGCGAUUUGUACCGAAUUCCCAAACAUCAAAUUCGGCCGGGUCCACUCUAGCUGUUGAAAAUGAAGCAACCAACUGUUGUUACCACGGAUUCUGAAAGAAAUGACAUUUCGGCAUAAAAUUCGACUAGAUUCAUCUUUUAUUACAUUUCAUAGAAUGUUUAUUGUAAUAUCCCGAAUAAAAUUGAUAAGAUGUUACAGAAUUCGGCAUAGAAUGCUAAUAACUUGUAAUCGUUAAAGGAAACAGCAUUUUUAAAGCUUGAAGAAUUUUAUUUUUUAUUUAAAA